UUCGAUAGGAACAAAGCUGUUGGGAUCAGACGCGCCGGGCAGCUCUCCGUUAUGUUUUCCUAAUAAAAUGAUAUGUUGGCGAGGAGAAAGUUUUUUUUUUCAGCAAACAACUUCUGUUUGGUUUCCUUUAUUCGUCCAGAUCUUAUCUGACAACAAAACCAACUCAUCAGGUCGAUUCACUUUGGGUGUUCAAAGUUCCAGGAAGUCAGUGUGUUAUUGUCUGUAUCCGUUAUUGAGUAAUAGACGUGUAUACGAUAUGAACCUUGAUUGGUAGUUGUAAAAGAGCCUAACAGUGAGCACAUUAACACGUGACAGGCUCAGCUGGGACACAGUUGACCGUAUUCUAUCUAGUGGGUCUUUGCAGGCGUUAACAACAUGGGGUUAGCUCAGGGACUUCAGUGUAUGACUCUCAUCCACUUGCUGCUGUGCUGUACGUCUCUUCCUCUCCCACUGAUGGAGUUUUCUAUCCAGAGCACCUGGGACAGCGAUCCCGUUAACCAUGAGCCUAUCAGGGUCCGGUUCUCUCCCGGACAAGGCGGGCUGAAGAUUGAGGUGUUCGGUCCCUUCUUCAACGACCCGGCAGCUCCUGCAGGACCCCCCAGCCAGGCCUUCCCUGGACUCUGGGAUUAUGAAGUUGUUGAGUCGUUCUUCCUUGAUAGCACUACAGAAAAUUACCUGGAAGUGGAGCUUUGUCCACAUGGACAACACCUGAUAUUACUGCUGUCAGGGGUCGGCCAAGCCUUCCAGCAACAACUACCGAUGGUGUUUAAUGCCACAAUCACAGGGGACAGGUGGAUGGGGGAGGCUCUUCUCCCCUGGUCGUACCUUCCUCCCAAGGUUAACAAGAUGAACUCUUAUGCCAUCCACGGCUCAGGAGAGAAGCGCACGUAUGAGGCUCUCUACUCUAUUCCCAAGGAGGAGAUAGUGGAAGGCCAAGAACCAAACUUCCAUCGCCUGGAGUAUUUCCAAAAUUUCCGCCUGCAAAGCAUCAUGGGAGAAGAUUGGGUUCAGCCAGAGUCUGAUCUGUGGAAAGGAAAACCCUGAGCUUUUCAAAAAAGUUCCCUUUUUUCCACUCUGUCUCUCCUGGUCUCUCUCUUGCACACACACAGAGACACACACACAUGCACACACCAGGGUGGCAGGGUAAUAGCACAAACACCCAUUGCAGGGGAACAAAGGGCAAUCAAUCUUUAUUAGUUAAUGAUGUCAAACGAUUUGACAAGAAAUAUGUUAUCAGCUUGUCAGAGCGUAUUAGCCUUCACACACAUUCAUGCGAGCGCACAGACUCAAGCACACGUCUCACGAUAUUGGACGUCACCUUAUGUUGCCUCAGCAGAGUGUGACCUACAGCGGUUAUACAGUGGAUGGUUUUCGAGGGAUGCUCGCUUUGACCUUCAGCUCCUGUGUAGCUAGCGUUUCACUCCAGUGAUACAGACACAGCUGGUUGUUGUGUUUCUUUGCCUUGUUAGUGGACACACACUGAACCAUACACACACACCUUUGAAAAUCUGUUCAUCUGAGACACAUGCCAGGGCUUUUGAAUCAUGGCUGCACUGUAAUUAGGUCAUUUUGCAAUCAUUCCACUACCUUUAUUGAUUUCCUUUUACUAUUACACAGGUUUUCAAAAUUACUCUCUUGAUGGAUAAGUGUUUUGUCCUUUUUUGUCUUUGUGGCUGCUUGAGAAAUGUGAUUGGAUUUCAGUGCAAUGUUGAUCUAUUAAAGCAUUAUUUCAUUAA